AUGUGGGUCGAAUACUUUAAAAAGUCAACUUCAUCAUCAACCACGACGACAAGUAGCACUAACAACCAAUCGUCGGAAGGUGUUGAUAAUCACCCCAAUUGUAUCCUAUGUGGUCAAUCAUUCUCUCACAAUGAAUUAUGUAUCGGAAUGAAUUCAGUGGUUGGAAUGGAAUCACUCUUUCCCUAUCACCCGAGAAGAUCCCUAUCAAAAGUCUUGAACAGUGGUGUUUGUUCUUUUGAUUCAGCCACAUUAACAACAGCAAAUUCAAAACCAUGUUAUUUACAUUUGGAUUGUUUCAUUCCACAAAUCCACAGACCUUUUCAAUGCAUGUUUGAUUAUGAAGAAAAAGGUCCCAUUGAGAAGGAGCAUCAACAAGAACUUUCUCAACUUAUUGUGAAAUGGCAAGCCAUGAGACGGAAUGCCAAUGCAAAGAAGAAGAGAAAGAAUAAGGAACAAGAGAAGAAGAAGAAGGAGAUGUUAGAAAAAUCCUCAAAGAUUGAAGAUGAAGACGACGAGUCGUCAUUUCUUGUAGAUGAAGAAGAUUCUCACAAACCUCAAAAAAAGAAAUCCAAAACGUUCAAGAGUGGAGCAAAAACAUCUUCCAAAAUGCUUGAAGUUUCCAAUCAGGAAUCAACUGGUCGCAUUCAAACAAGACUUCAACGAAAGAAGAAGGAGCAAGAAAAGAAGGAAGCAUCCAAGAUGGAGGAAGAUGAAGAGAAGGAUCUCAAUACCUCUUCAUUAGGAGAAGCAACCACUCAUCCAGAUUCUUCGUUCACCCUGAUGACCGUGGCAUCCUCCUCUACAGAAAAUUCAGAACGAAGAGUCUCUGAAUUGAGUGAACAGUCAGAAGAAUCGUCGGCAUCCUCUCCUUACUUGUUAGGUCUAUCGGAUGAAAUUUGGAAUGAAAUCUUACAAUAUCUACCUUUCGACACACUUUUGCAACUUUCACAAGUCUCUCGAACCAUGUUCUAUUAUUCUGAGAUGAACUCUUUGUGGGAAGCGUUGUGUGUGAAAUUUUUAUGUCCCAAUGCACGCCACGUCCAAAAAACGUAUUUUCCACAACUUUCCAAUGACUUUAAAACACUCUUCAGGAAAUUAUAUGAAAAUUGUUGCAUUCAAUGUGGUGAAUAUUUAAGAUUGGAUGUUGAGCUAGAUCGUUCGUUGAGUCUUGCUCAAUCCAAAGGUUCCAUUCAUGUACCUUCUCAUCCUGAUUAUUACCAUUAUUUGGUGGAUCAUUGUGUGUGUGGAAAGUGUCAAACUUCAAGUGCCUUCUCGACCAUUUCCAAAACAGAAGCCAAACGAAUUUUUUAUGUGAAUGAUCGAGAUUUCAAUUCGUUGCGAUGUAUGAAGUCACCCAAUCCAUUUCAUCGUUCAACUGCCAUGUUUAAAUUCUUGAAAGCACCACUCCAACGAAUUCAUAACAAGAAUGUCGAACAAGUCGUGAAAGGAUUCUAUAUUUUCUCAAAGGUGCAUUCUCAGCAGGACUUUUUGAAAAUUAUUGAACUUGCAAAACAUGGCAAGUUUGGAAAGGAUUGUAAAUUGUAUCAAUUAUUGAAUUGUUCGACCAAACAAGAAGUUACGUCAAAUGCAAUUUGUGGAUAUAUUGAUACCUUAGAGUUGAGUGAAUAA